GAAAAAAAAAAAGCGGGAAGUGAAUAGUCUCCUCGUUCGUUACUUAUAAAGAAGGCCCAUUGGACCAAUACAAAUACGCAAAGCCCAACGAGCGCAUACACACACAUACACCAAACAAACACCACACCCCGACGCAGUUCCUCCGCUGUCGGCGACGGAGGCUGCAACACUCUCAACUACACUACACGACGCCGGUUUGCAUUUUCCAAACCAGUCAAGCUAUACUAUUACUAUAGUUUCAUUUCAUGGAGACGCAAUCGCAUGAAGAUUUACAGCAACCGCCGCCGGUUACUUCAAAUGAAGCUCACAGUGAUGAUGCGUCCGACCACAGAGACGCUGAGCAAAAGCAAGAUAUUUUGAGUACUGAAGAAGUUGUGCAGAUUCUACAAGUUGUUGCAUCUACGGGGAGGUUCUGGCAUGACUGGGAUAAGUUGAAGAGUAUGCUAUCGUUUCAGCUAAAGCAGGUACUGUCAGAGUAUCCUGAGGCAAAAAUGACAAGUGAGCAGCAGUAUGCAUCAUUGGGUGAAUCCUACAUUGAGUUGGUCAACAAAUUGGAUGAAGCACUCACUUGUUUCAUUGAAGGCCCUCCAUUCACGUUGCAAAGGCUUUGUGAGAUCCUAUUGGAUGCAAAAGGCAUUUAUCCAAAUCUUUCAAAGCUUGCUUUAGCUCUUGAAAAGAACUUGUUAGUUACUUCUACAUUGACAAUCUGCACUGAUCCAUACCCACAAGCUACAGAAAAAGAGCCAGAUGACCAAGAGAAGGCAAGUGAAAAGCAGCAGCAGCAGCAACAAUCUGAUAGUGCACAAAAUGGCAUUGAGCCUUUGGUGUCUGACAAUGACGAAGUAAUGCCCGAGGCUGAUGUAGGUGAUGACAUGACCAUUGACAUGGAAGCUUUUGAAGGCGUUAAAUCAUCAGAAAUAAAUUCCGAGCCUAAUGCUAAUAAUGCAUAAGCUUCAUGGUUGCUGUGCAUCUUUAAUUGCAUAAACUCUGAUGAGCUCAAAGACUAGGAUGUUUUCACUUGUGGAGCUCCAAAUGCUAUGAGGACGGCGUGGACCUUGGUCAUUGCAGAGUGCUUUAUUCCCUGGUUUGGUAAUCAUUGGAGCUAGACAUUCUUAGCAUUUAAAAACAGAACAGUGUUUCUAAUUGUAUCUCUUGGAUGCAAUGCUUGUAUUGGUAGCAUGAAGUUGAGUAUCUCGCUGUAGAUCUGCUUUUAAUUUGUGCUCUAAAUUCACUAACGUGUUCAUGAACUUUGGCAUCCUUGACUAUGGUAGUAGCUACCUUGCAUAUUGGUUGGUUUUUGGCAAUGAAGUUUAUCAUAAUGCAUCUACUGGUAA